GCUUGCUCGAUUCUUUACUCCAUCUUGCUUGUUCUACUCCUUUCCAACAGCUCUUCUGGCAGUUGUGACAGCGGGAUUAAUUACAAAGCAGUCAGUCCUCUCGAUGUUGGUCAAUUAUAUACGACUAAUAGUUGUAUAUGGAUUGUUCGCUUUUAUUACAGCUUCUUAUGAGGAACUAUGCAAAUUUGCCAGUAAUAUUACAGAUGUGGAAGAGUUAGCACAUCAUAAGUACCAGGUACUGGAAGAUUGUUUAUAUUAUAAGCUUAGUCAGGAUGCAACUGCUAUGCAAGGUAAAUCAAACGCCAUUAGUAUUCUGCCUCCAAGUAUAGCUGCCGGUGAAACUUUGGAUGCUGAGGUUAUUGAAAUUGCAUUGAAGCAACUAUGGAUGAAUGAGAUUUGGCAUGUGAUGAAUAUAAAUGGACAUUUCUUAAUUUCAUGGAAGGAUCGCAGGAUGAAGUGGGAUUUCAACGAGUGGAAAACCGAUACGUUAAACAUACGUUUAUAUGGCAGGUUGUGGGUACCAGAUAUUAAUAGUGAUAAAUUUCAAACAUCAACACAAAAUGGUGAUUAUGCACAGUUCUAUAAUAUUGUGGCUAAAAACAAUGGUAAUGUUACUGGACGUUUGGAAUUUAAGAUGCAAGCUCACUGCGAUAUUGAUUAUAGUAACUUCCCGGACGACGACAAGAAUUGCUGCUUUCGGCUGAAAUCAGUUCUUUAUCCUCAUUACAUCAGAUACUAUCUUGCUCGGGGUGAAGAUGGAUUGGAUCUCACAAAGCUGAGGACUAAUUGGCAUGUGCGAGAUGCAACCAUCAAAGUCUUGCCGGAUGAGGAUGAUCGCAAAACACAAAUGCUAGAAAUUUGUUUGCAAGUGCGGCGUCGAUCCUCAACGCUACGUAUCGAGCUUACUCUUCCCAUGAUGGUUUCUUCACUACUUGUUGUGAUUGCACCAUUCUUCGGUUCUUUUCGUGAUCAAAUUAACGUGAAAUUGUUUGCGAUAUUCAUUCAGCUAGUCAGUUUCACAUUUCUAGCUAUAAAGGCUCCUCAGGUUGGAUUUGGUGAAACUGUUCCGCACAUAUAUACAUUUUAUGUUUUCACAAUGUCUACAACAGUUGUCAGUUUACUUCUGACUCUUGUUAUAAGCGCUAUGUCACGAAUUCGACGGAAAUUACCACCUGCACAUCGAUAUACAUUGCUGGCUUCUGCGCUCAAUAUCAGCUUGUGUUGCGGGAGUGAACCGAAUGCUGAAAUAGAUGGAACUUCAGCAAAAGAUUAUCACCAAGACUGGCUACAAAUUCACACCGCCAUCAAUAACGUCGUCUCGUUCCUCAUUCUCGUUGCUUAUACAAUUGGUAUCAUCGUUAUCUUAUGUGUUUGAUAAAAACAUUGUACAGAAAAUACUGAAUCCAAUUUUCUAAAUUUUAAUAAAUGUUUUAUUAAGACGAGAGACUGUUCCCAUUACAAGCAUUCUUGAAUAUCACAUCAGUUAUGCAUUCAAAACAG